AUGCCAGACUAUAUGCGUUUUCUAGAGAUGGCCAUCACUUAUGGACAUCCGGUACUGUUGCAGAACGUUCAAGAGCGUCUAGAUCCCAGCCUCGAUCCAAUUCUCAACAGAUCAUUCAUCAAGGUGGGCGGGGCCACUAUACUCCGAAUCGGCGACAAAGAGAUCGAAUACAACUUAGGAUUCCGGUGUGGAUUUCAAGUUUUUAAUUUUGUAUUUUUAUCAGAUUAUGAUUGCUAA